CACCUCCCCUCUUCCCCCACCAACAAAGUUUCAAUUUUUUUUCACACAUUUCAGAUCUUUUUUGCUUCAGUUGUUGUAAAAAUCCAGUUUUUAUUUUAUUUUUUUCAAUUUUUUUAAAGAAUUUGAUAAGUUGGGUUUUGAGUUUUGGGUUUUGGGGAGAGGUUUGAUCGGACCGAAUUCAUUAAGGUUUUGAAGAAGAUGAUCGUGUUGAACAACGGAAAGAUUUUAUGGAACUUGAUUGCAAUUCUUGAAAACAAAUUCUGUGUUGAAAAAAGUUUUUAUUUUUGGAUUUUUCAGAUUUUUAAUAGGUGUAAUAGAGGCACUUAAUCGGAACUUUGAUAUCGUUGGUUAUAAUUUCGCGUGUUUUCUUUUAACUUUUUUGCGAAAUAUUUUUGUUAUAAUUUUUGAAUUCUAGUUAUGGGUGGGGCAACACUGCCACCAGGGUUUCGAUUUCAUCCGACGGAUGAAGAAUUGAUCGGUUAUUACCUUAAAAGGAAGGUCCAAGGACUUGAAAUCGAACUUGAAGUGAUUCCGGUUGUUGAAUUGUAUAAAUUUGAUCCAUGGGAGUUGCCUGAUAAAUCUUUCCUUCCUAGUCGCGAUAUGGAGUGGUUCUUUUUUGUUCCACGUGAUCGCAAGUACCCAAAUGGAUCGCGCACAAAUAGAGCUACAAAAGCCGGUUACUGGAAAGCCACAGGAAAAGACCGAAAAGUCUCUUGCCAGUCUUCUAUAGUAGGGUAUCGCAAGACCCUUGUUUUUUAUCGCGGUAGAGCACCACUAGGUGAUCGAACUGAUUGGAUGAUGCACGAGUAUCGGUUAUGUGAUGAUGUUUCUGGAGGGGCACCGAGUUUUCAAGGACCAUUUGCUUUGUGUCGUGUGAUGAAAAAGAAUGAGACAAAAGUGAGCUAUGUGACUAGUGAACCGUCUACCAAGGAAGUUGGAAGUCGUUAUAAUGGAAUUAUCAAUGAGCCCGUGGUUCUUCAAAAAAGCGCGCGUAUGGGUAAUGAGAGUAACUUAUCGAGUCCUCUUACCUCUUUUGAGAAAACGUCUACUUCAGAGAAAGAACCAUCUUCAUCAACGGGCCUUAGCAAUCCUUCGAUGUUUUGGGUCUCGCCUGAUUUGAUUCUUGAUUCUUCGAAGGAACACUCGAAAGAACAAGAAGGGCACUUCGGGUAUUUCACACCAAACGAAAUUCCAAACCCAAUGAGUCCAUGGCAACCAUAUCACCAAUUUGAGAUCUCACCAAGUUCAUCAUACUCGAAUUUUACAGAGGAAGUUGAACAACUCGACGAUCUUAAUCAUUUUGGAUACAUGUCACAAUAUUCAAGAAACCAAAGCUUAACGGGAAUAUUUGAAAACGAAGAUCAUUUUCCUUACGGGUUUUAUGGAAAUAGUUGAACCUUUAGUCCUGAAAUAGCACACAAAGUUGGAGUUUAUGGGGUUGGGUAUACAUUUAAGGUUGUCGGUUUUUCUAGUUAUUGUUUGAUGUUUUAUAGUAGAAUACAAAAAAGGCCCGUGAGUAACAAUCACUUUUAUCGAUCGUUGCCAAGAGUCAGAUGUAACCGCUGCUGCUUGUAUAAGCUUCUUUCAUGGAAGCCAUCUACUGUGAAAUACUAUCUUCUUCUUCUAUAA